AUGGCCGCCACCGACGCCCACCUCUGGGCCGCAGACGCGAACGAGGCCAUCCACCUUUCCCUCGUACGCGCCGCCGCGGACAAGGCCUCCCUCAAUGCCCGCGAGCAUUACGAGGGUUUCAACCCCUGCUACACCUAUCCCCUCUUCGGGGAAGACGAGAAAAUAUAUGGCUACCGCGACCUCCGCAUAGACCUCAAGUUUGCAUCCGGCUCACUAGCCCAGUAUCUCAGCGUUCAACAUACCGACAAACUACCGGCGACAUCCGCGGUAGAUGACAUCGUGGGCGCCAUCUCAAAGUUCAUCCCACCAGGUUACUACACCGACGAAGCUGCCUUCCUCAAACGCGUCGAAGAAGACGCGAUCACGUUCAGACCACCUGGUACUCGUAUCCAUAGCUAUUCACGGCCAAGCACCGGCGGCAAGGGCAAGGAGAAGGUCGUGCGCGAAGACGAGGAUGCUAUCGACUUCGAGGUCUACCAGUGUACCUGGGACACCCCAGGGUUCAGAGAGCUUCAUCGCCGCAUGCAGCUCUUCAUCCUGCUCUACAUUGACGGCGGCUCCUACAUCAGAGAAGACGAGGAUGUCUGGCAGUUCGUCGUCCUAUACGAAAAACGGAAGCGGCGGAGCGACCCGUCUGUUUCAACGUACCACUUUGUCGGGUACUCGACACUCUACCCGUUCUACUGCUUCCCGGAGAAGGUCCGCCUGCGUCUGAGCCAGUUUAUUAUCGUCCCGCCGUACCAACAAGAGGGGCACGGGUCAGCGCUCUACUCCGCAAUCUACCGAUACAUCCGUGACGCGCCUGACAUCGCGGAGCUCACAGUGGAGGACCCCGUCGAGGCCUUCGAGGACCUGCGCGACAGGAAUGACCUGAAGAUGCUCCUGGCGGACUCGGCGUUCAUGGGCGAGGCGCUGGGCGAGGGCUGGGAGAGUGCGGCAAAGCCGCAGCAGCGGGCGAAGAGGCACAGGGCCGUCACGAACGGGAACGGGAACGGGAACGGGGCGACGAAGACACGGGCGGUGGGGAAGCUCGGACCGCCGGCGGACCGCGGGUGGCUGGAGCGGCGGCGGGUCGAGCUGAAGAUGGCGAGCAGGCAGUUCUAUCGACUCGUGGAGAUGCUCAUGCUCCGGUUCGUCGUCAUGGAUGGGUGCGACAAGCGAAUGGAGAAGGCGUAUAGGAUCUGGGUGAAGGAGAGGCUGUACAGAUUCAACUACGAGGUGCUGGCGCAGUUGGACAAGAAGGAACGUCAGCAAAAGCUGGAUGAGACGUUCUGGGCGGUCAGGAAAGACUAUGAACGGAUACUUGCAAUGGUCAACGAUUCCUGAACACGUCCGCGUCGCGUAUGUGCGUUGCAACUACGACAUUCGACGACCUCGCAGUCGACGAUAUAACGGGUGUCGACGAGGACGUGGGACGACCAGGAGUGGAAGACUAGCAUAUAGGCUCGGGCACAGCACCACUGUCAUGGUGGCUGCGAGUAAUUCGGUGGUAUAUUGGCGUAGGUACAGGCUUGGUUUCAGUUCUCGGUUUGUCUUGUUUUGUCUCGAGUUUUCCAUUGCUAUCAUUGGCGAGUACGAUGCGACUGGGUACAUAGUGUAUAUACGUUUUUGCUCUCCCGAUGGUUUGUGUACAUGCGAUCAGGACUAGGCGUCGAUUGGCGCGACUGACAAUGAGUAUGAUACAUGUGCGUGGUCUUGGUCGAGUAUGUUGUGCGUUUUUCUUUUGCUAUCUGUACAUAUGUAGUUCUGGGAGCGGACGUGUAUGCUAGGACGGUACAGAAUCGCCGGCAGCCUGUG